UGGAGGUGACCUGGCGCAUUGUACGCCGCGCGAUGGGGACAUGGGCGUGUCCGCUGAAUUCACCUCCUCCGGGGACCAGCCGCCCGGGGAGGAGCCGGCGUUCUGGGCCUUAGGUUGUUUGUCUGCAGUGCAGCUGGUUCCCGGAGCCCGUGGGCCUCCUGGUUUUAUUAUAAAGGGCAUAAAACGCGGAAAGUCUCCCAGCUGCUGGCCACCGACCCUCCAGCCUCCCAGCCCCAGCCGGCCCACGUUCUGAUCCUGCCAAGGAGUAGAGCACAGAGUCACUGCCAAAAGAAGAGGGAACAAGGCCGCAGGAUACCAUCUCCAUGUGCUAGCCACCCUGUGUAAGCUGCAGGGGCAGCCAGAGAGGACUUGGAGCCAGGAUCAAUAACCUGUUUAUGAAGCAUCUUACUUUGGGACAGCCUCGGUGGUCAGUGGCAUUGUAAAUGGCUCGCCUCCCUGCUGGCAUUCGCUUCAUCAUCUCCUUCUCCAGGGACCAGUGGUACAGAGCCUUCAUUUUUAUCUUGACAUUUUUGCUGUAUGCAAGUUUUCACUUAUCUCGAAAGCCUAUCAGCAUAGUUAAGGGUGAGCUGCACAAGGACUGCGCCACGUGGGAAGAGACUAAUGUGGGACUCAGCCUGAGCAGCCGAGCGGGGUCCACAUCCCCCCUCCAGCUCCUGGACAAUGAGACUGACUGUGGCUGGGCCCCGUUUGAUAAGAACAACUAUCAGCAGUUGCUUGGGGCCCUGGAUUACUCCUUCCUGUGUGCAUAUGCCAUCGGGAUGUAUCUGAGUGGUAUAAUAGGGGAACGCCUGCCGAUUAGGUAUUACCUAACCUUCGGGAUGCUCGCCAGCGGAGCCUUUACAGCCCUGUUUGGAUUGGGGUAUUUCUAUAAUAUCCACAACUUGGGAUUCUACGUGGUGACUCAGGUCAUCAACGGGCUGGUGCAGACCACUGGCUGGCCCAGCGUCGUCACCUGCCUCGGCAACUGGUUUGGGAAAGGAAGGCGAGGUCUGAUCAUGGGGCUCUGGAAUUCCCACACCUCCGUGGGCAACAUCUUGGGCUCCUUGAUUGCUGGCUACUGGGUGUCCACAUGCUGGGGCCUGUCCUUCAUCGUGCCGGGGGCCAUCGUGGCAGCCAUGGGGAUAGUGUGCUUUCUCUUUCUCAUUGAACACCCGAAGGACAUCAAGUGCUCCUCCACCCUGCCCACGCAUUCAAAAGGCUAUGAGAAUGGUACAAACAGAUUUAGACUCCAGAAGCAAAUCUUAAACAGCGAAAAAAACCGGCCUCUGGACCCAGAGAUGCAGUGCUUACUGCUGUCUGAUGGGAAGGGGUCCAUCCACCCCAAUCAUGUGGUCAUCCUCCCUGGCGACAGUGGGGGUGGCAUGGCUGCCAUCAGUUUCAUCGGGGCCUUGAAGAUUCCCGGCGUGGUGGAGUUCUCUCUGUGUCUGCUGUUUGCCAAGCUGGUCAGCUAUACCUUCCUCUUCUGGCUCCCGCUGUACAUCACUAGCGUGGAUCACCUGGAUGCCAAAAAAGCAGGGGAGCUCUCCACCUUGUUUGAUGUGGGUGGCAUCUUCGGUGGAAUCCUGGCAGGUGUGAUCUCAGACCGGCUGGAGAAGAGGGCCUCCACCUGUGGCCUGAUGCUACUGCUGGCAGCCCCAACGCUCUACGUGUUCUCCACUGUCAGCAAAAUGGGUGUGGAAGCCACUGUGGCAAUGCUGCUUCUCAGCGGGGCCCUGGUCAGCGGACCCUACGCGCUGAUCACCACCGCCGUAUCUGCUGACCUGGGCACUCACAAAAGUCUGAAAGGAAACUCACAUGCCCUCUCCACGGUGACUGCCAUCAUCGACGGGACCGGCUCUGUAGGAGCAGCCGUGGGGCCUCUGCUGGCUGGCCUCAUCUCCCCCUCUGGAUGGAGCAACGUGUUUUACAUGUUGAUGUUUGCGGAUGCCUGUGCCUUAUUGUUCCUGAUCCGCCUCAUACACAAGGAGCUCAGCUGCCCAGGGUCAGCACCAGGGGACCAAGUUCCACUGAAGGAACACUGACCAUGCGAGUCCCAUGCAGGGGAUCUGGGCCUGUCUUUCACAAACUAUCUUUCAAGGAGAAGUUCCAAUAAAGGAUCCUGUGUUGAAAAGAAUGAUUUAUCCUUGCCUUUUGCACACCUGGAGAAGACACAAAAGCCAACCUGAGAAUUCCUGGAACCGUUGUAGCCAUGCAUGGAACUCAGGGAGUCUAUGGAUACUGCCGUCCAGCUGCCUUAACUGAGCCGGAGGCCAGGCACCCGCCAGCCACAGGCCCUGCAGAACCGUGUCUGCCCAGUCACAGCCCUCCCGUAAUGGGCAUGGCCAGACGGCCACAUGGGUUGGCAUGUGGCCCCCAGGGCCUCAUCUCUCUCAGGUAUCUCAGCAACAGAAUGUUGGGCCUGGAGCACUGCAUGGGCAGCAAUGUGCUCUCGUUCCCAGAGGACCCAGACGUGCUAUAUGAGAGGACGCGACGCUGGAGUGCAGACGUUGCUCUAUACCGUCUGGAAUCAGAAGGCAAUGAAGCAAUAACCCCGCCUGUGAGAUGGAGGCACCAGGGAUGCCAGCCCAGGACACCCACCAAUCCUUGUCACCUGCAUUCGGGUGCCUCUGCUGUUGUGCACUGUGGGACCGAGGGCAUGGCAGAGGUCUGGGAGGUGAGCUUCCCAGUCUGCACUGGGCCUGGCAGGUCUUGGGCCCAGCAAUAUGAUGUGCUCCACCACAUGCACAGACACCUAGGACUGUGUUAGAUAGGUAGCCACGCAGUGGGUUAUUUAUUUACCUGUGUAGUGUGUUACAGGAAGCUUGAGAAAUGUGGAUGGCAUUUUGUUAUUUAUUAAGACAAACUCCUCUUGUUCUCUAGCCAUUGUUCCCAGUUGUGUCUAGCAAAAUACCUCCUUGCCCUUUGAAAUAAAAUGUUUUUUUAAAAGAAAAAAAAAAAAAAAACCUCAAGCAGCACACUCAGAGAAUGUUCUUCCUGCUAAUGUUUCCAUUAUGUCAAAAGCAGACAAACCCCAGAUAGAAUUGCAUGGUUUAGGUUUUCUCAAGAUUAGAUUCAGCCAGCAGAGAAAGGGCCUCCCUAUUCAGAAUGUGCUUCUUUGCACAAAAGAUCAAACCCAGGCCACAGUGGACAGACACGUGGAUAUUUUGUACAUCAUGCUUUAAAUAAUGUGCCGUGAUUUGUCUCCGACUGUGAAAUGUCACACUUCGUGGUACAUAUCAGGGCUGCACUUGAGAUUUCACGGUGGGGUUCAGGCUUCAAAACUUCCUUUGGAACGGAGAGCAUUCCAGUUUGCAUCGUGGGUGUUUUUCUCAGAGAUGGGGUGCCCUGUAUUUAGAAAAGAUAGUUCAGAUGGGCCCCAGCA